CUCCCCUUGUUGGCAAUGGAGGAAGCUGUGGCUGUGGAUGAUGGUAAGGUGACAAUGGAGGAAGCUGUGACUGUGGAUGAUGGUAGGGAUAGAACAGGGACUCUGUGGAGUGCAACAGCUCAUGCACUUACAACGAUGGUCGGAACAGGGGUGUUGGCAUUGCCAUGGGUUGUUUCUCAAUUAGGUUGGAUUUUAGGCUCUAUUGCUAUAAUUUUGUUCGCUUCUGUUACCUAUUACAUUGUUGUUCUUCUCUGUGAUUGUUAUCGAUCCCCUAAUCCGAUUACUGGGAGCCAAAACUACACAUACAUGGAUGCUAUCCAAACAUGCCUUGGCGAGAUAGAUGUAUUAUUUUGUGGCAUUGCACAGUAUGCUGUGCUAUGGGGUACAAUGGUGGGAUAUUCCAUUACUUUGGCUAUGUGUGUCCUAGCUAUCAGGAUAUCACAUUGUGUCCAUAGAUGGGGUCGUAAUGCAUCGUGCAAUGUUUCGGCAGUUAAAUAUGUUAUGAUCUAUACUAUCAUACAAGUGUUUUUUGUCACAGUUCUCCAAUUUGGAGAAGGAUACUUUGAGAUCUCCACCACCAGAGAGUAA